AAGCUUAUUUGGCUCACGGUUCUGGAGGCUGGGAAGUUCAAGAGCAUGACACCGAUAUCUGGUGGGGUCAUCUCGUGGCAGAAGGCAUCACUUGGAGAAGGGAGCAUUGGCCUUUCAUUCAUUAGGCCAAAGAUGCCCCUCUUUGGGAAUACAUUCAGUCCAAAGAAGACGCCUCCUCGGAAGUCUGCUUCUCUCUCCAACCUGCAUUCUCUGGAUCGGUCACUCCGGGAGGUGGAGCUGGGCCUUGACUAUGGAACCCCUACUAUGAACUUGGCGGGGCAAAGCCUGAAGUUUGAAAAUGGCCAGUGGAUAGCAGAGACAGGGAUUAGUGGAGGCGUGGACCGGAGGGAGGCUCAGCGCCUUCGCAGGCGGAAUCAGCAGUUGGAAGAAGAGAACAAUCUCUUGCGGUUGAAAGUGGACAUCCUGCUAGACAUGCUUUCAGAGACCACUGCUGAAUCCCACUUAAUGGAAAAGGAACUGGAUGAGCUAAAGAGUGUCAACCACUGGAGGAAAUGAAGACUCCAAGAUGUUCACUAGGAGAGUAGGGAGAAAGCACAGGGGACAAGAUGUGGGAGGAUGCUGAGCAACUUUUUUUCCUUUUUUUAGCCAGACUAGCGGAUGAAGUCCUGGGAGAGAGCACCGUACAAUGGGGCCAGCAGGCACUGGCACCCUUGGGUUGGUAACAGGAAUGAAGGAAACCAAGCCAGGGCAGCAGCUAGGAAGGUGCUCCAGAUGUGCUACCUAGGGGUGCCAGUCUGUAAACAAGACUUAGAGAGGCCUGCAGUGCUGCUAAACCUUUGGGUGCUUUCCACCCAUGACAGCAUAUGGAUGCACACAUCACAGAAUCUCCUGCUGGACAGAUGCUCGAGAGAAGCAGCUGGAGCUCAUCAGCUCAUCCCCUCAUGCUGCUUUAGGGUGCACCCAGUAUGAGGAUCGCGGAUGAAAGGCUCUCUUGGUUCCUUUGAAGGCAGGAUACUCUCUUGCCGCCACUAAAGAAUCCUCAUUCCCCAAAUCCACAACCUCCUCUGGCUUUAGCUUUCUGGCAGUCAACACUAGCCCUCCACAGCAAUACUAUAUUUUUGUGUUACUUUCCUGUUUACACUACUUCCUUAUUAUUAAAUGAUAUUAAAUAAUCUCUGUGGCCAAAGUGA